GAAAUAAGUCAGAACAUGAUUACAUGCACAUUUGGUGAAACUAUGGGGCACAUAUUUGCAUCAGCGCUUAAGUUGCUCAGGUUCGAUUGUCAAAAGAUGCUGUCGCAACAACUCUUUCUGGAAGUACAAUCUGUACCUCCGGCAUUGCUUCUUGACAGGUGAAUUUGGGCAGGAGCUGAUCCCGUGUUGCUGGGGCCUAAUGCCAAGACUACAUCAUCGGUCGUCGCGCGAACUUUAGAUUUGUGAGUGAACAUUCCCUACGACAGCACAUUCACAAACACCACAGUGCCUCCACGCCUCUCGAUUCAGGGGCCGCAUCUAAAUUACCCAAACUCUACACAUCUUUCUCUAGCGAUUGCGAAACCACAAUACAAAGCAUCGCGCACGCGCCUCCACGCAGGAUUACUUCACCAUGGCCGCCCCCAAGCCGGGCGGCUUCAAGAUGUCGCUCGGGGCACUGAAGACGAAGCCAGGACUGAAAUCCUCUCCCGCGCAGAAAGACACCAAAAAGACCAAGCUUUUGCUCGGUGACGACGAACCAGACGAUUCGAACACGCAACAAGAGAUUACGGGAUGGGACGCAGCAGAGGGCGGCGCGGUCGAUGCCAACGGGAAAAAAGAGAAGGAAGGACCGCGCAUCAUUCCAGCUUUACCCAACCGCGAUUGGCGCGCAGAGGCACGGCGGAAACAACUUGCGAAAGCACCCCAUCAGCAAGCGCAGAAUGCCACGAUCGAUGAGAGCAAGAUGGAAGAACCGAAGGUGCAAUAUGGCCUUACAAUAAUCAAGAAAGACGAAGCGCAAAAAGAUGGAGCUGAGGAAGCUGAAGCUGCGGAACCCAUGGAGGUGGAGCAGGACAAUCUUACGGAGGAGCAGCGGCUCGAGAGGAAAGCGCUCGACGCGCUGAUCAGCGGCAAGUCUACGGACAACGACCUCGUCAUUCCUGUACAGUCAGAAGAGGAUGCACUCUUGAACGACCUCAACAAUGCGCCCGACGCUCCCACCCUCGAAGCCUACGAAGCUACACCGAUUGAAGGCUUCGGCGCGGCUUUACUACGUGGUAUGGGCUGGAAGGAUGGAGAUGCAAUAGGCAAAAACGGCCCUGCUGCGAAACCGAAAGAAGUCAAACGGCGACCAGCGCUACUUGGCAUAGGCGCAAAAGAAGACGCUGCGAUAGGCGUUGAGCUAGGGGAAUGGGGUGGUGGCAAGGGUAAAGGGAAGAAGGUUGCGCAGAGCUAUAACCCUGUUACGCUGCGGAACAAGGUUACUGGUGAGAUGAUCACAGAAGAGGAGCUCAAGGCAAAACUGGAGGCCCAGAGCUUGAUCCCAGAUGACAAGCCCUCGAAAAGCAAGAGCAAAUACGACGACGACAGCGAAGAAGACGAGCGAAGGCGCGAGAAGCGGAAAGAAAAACGAGAUGACCGCGACCGCGACCGCCGACGAGACGAUGACUACGACAGCGAACGGAGGAAAGACAAAGACCGUCGAAGAGACAAGGACGACUACUACGACAGCGACCGCCGCCGAGACAAGCGGAGAGAACGAACCCGAGACGACGACUACGAUAGCGAACGCAGGCGCGAAAAGCGAAGAGAACGUAGUCGCAGCCCGGACGACCGAAAAGAAAAGCGCCGCGAUCGGUACCGCAGCAGGAGUCGAGACUCGAAACGGAAGAGCGAUAGGAGGGAUCGUAGUCGCAGUCGUGACUCAGAGGAUCGCAGGAAACGGAGGAGAGAUAGGGAGUAUGAGGAUGACGAGAGGUAUGAGAAGAGGCGUAGGGAUGACAAAUACUACAAGUAGAGUUUAGACAGGUUGGGCAUAACGGUAUCAGACAGUAUGAGACUGCAUGCAUCUGGCGUUUUCGAUCGGCAUCUCACGGGCAUAGCAUAGGCACGAAUGGGCAUCUUUAGUACAAUUGUUAAAGGCAAAGCUAAGAAGGCU